UAAAAAAAUUUGAAUCAUGACCCGCGGUGAUGCCUCGCCGGCCACCGCAACAACCACUUUCCACUAAAUCCUAACCCUGAAAUCAUAGAAAGAGUUCAUUUUGUUUCAAAUCAAAAGGCACCAUGGACGAAGCCUUCAUGCUAAUGCUCUCAAAUCUCCUUCACCUUCACAACUCCCUUGACCCUACCACUUCUCUCCUCUCCUCCACCGCCGCCGCCUCCUCCGCCACCUCCUCUACUUCUUCCACGUCCUCUACUUCCCUCCUGUCCUCUUCCUCCGCCGCCCCCCUCAUCUUCUUCACCCUCUCCUCCCUCCUCUCCUUCCUCUCCACUGCUAAAAAAACUGCCGGGAAAUCAGGCACCGCCGCCUCCUCCUCUGAUAACAAAGGCGACCCCAUUUCAGCCUCAGAUUCCUCCGCUUACUCCGUCUCGGCCUUCCGAGCUCUCACCACGGAACACAUCUGGUCGUUAGAGGCUCCGCUUCGCGAAGCUCACUGGCGUUCUUUAUACGGCUUGUCGUAUCCGGUAUUCACCACCGUCGUUGAGAAGUUAAAACCCUACAUCGCGGCGUCGAAUCUCUCUCUGCCGUCCGAUUACGCCGUUGCGAUGGUUCUGUCCCGUCUUGCACACGGUCUCUCUGCCAAAACCCUAGCUUCUCGGUAUUCUCUUGAACCCUACUUGAUUUCGAAAAUUACUAAUAUGGUCACGCGUCUUUUAGCGACGAAAUUGUACCCAGAGUUUAUUAAAAUUCCUAUUAGUAGGCGUCGUUUGAUUGAAACGACACAAGGUUUUGAAGAAUUAACGUCUCUGCCGAAUAUAUGUGGGGCUAUUGAUGGGAGUCAUGUUAAGAUUUCUAAUGCACAAGUAAAGCACGUCCCAGGGAAUCAGAAUCAGUAUAGGUGUAAAUAUGGGUUUAAUUCGGUUUUGCUUCAGGUUGUAGCUGAUCAUAGGAAGAUUUUCUGGGAUGUUUGUGUCAAGGCGUCUGGUGGAACAGAUGAUAGCGCACAUUUUAGGGAUAGUUUGUUAUAUAAUCGUUUGAUUUCAGGGGAUAUUGUAUGGGAUAAGGCUGUCAAUGUGAGAGGUCACCAUGUGAGGCCAUAUAUUGUAGGGGAUUGGUGUUAUCCUUUAUUGUCCUUUUUGAUGACACCCUUUUCACCAAAUGGGGCUGGGACGCCUGCGCAGAAUUUGUUUGACGGGAUGUUGAUGAAAGGGAGGAAUGUGGUGGUGGAGGCAAUUGGGUUGUUGAAAGCAAGGUGGAAGAUUUUGCAGGAUUUGAAUGUGGGGAUUAAUCAUGCACCCCAGACUAUUGUUGCUUGUUGUGUUUUGCAUAAUUUGUGUCAGAUUGCGAGGGAGCCGGAGCCAGAGCCCUGGAAAGAGCCAGACGAGAGUGGGUCUCCUGCAAGGGUGCUUGAGAGCGAGAAACAGUUUUAUUAUUUUGGUGAGAGCUUGAGGCAGGCAUUGGCUGACGAUUUGCAUCAAAGGCUUUCAACAAGAUAGUAGAUGUCGUUUAUUGAAUCAAGGACGUACUUGAAUUUGUAAUGAUAAUGCUUUUUUUAAGUCUAACCAUCAUCUCACGUAUAACAUCAAAAGAUAGUAUGUUGUGUAAUUAAUUCCAGUUCUGUCAUAUCCCGUCUUGCUAAGUAUUUGAAGUAGAUUUCGUGGACAAGUUCAUAGAUGUUUUGUAGUAAAAACCAUCCUUUAUUGAUGGGGCAGACUAAUCUAAAAACGAAAUUCUGAAAA